GUACCCUGAGUUCCGUGCGGGUCAGUCAGCGCCUCUGUUGUGUGCGGACGGUGGCCAGAGACGGAGCUCAACUCUAGGUGGAUCCGACUGACAUAAAAAACAUGAUGCACUGAGUGAGCAUCAUUAGACUCUGGGUUAAACAAGGAGGAACUGAAACCACGUCUCUUUCUUCAAAAUCAGAAAGACAGGAAGGAGCUGUUGUCAGGUAGAAACCUCCAAAAACAGUAGUAGAUGGUCUUCUCCCAUAUCUACAAUGGCGACGCUCAGUGAUGAUGACGUGCACACGUUUGGCUCGGAGCUGCCUGCCAUGUUUGAUGGCAUGAAACUGGCAGCAGUGGCAACGGUCCUGUACGUCAUUGUCCGCUGUCUGAACCUGAAGAGUCCUACAGCUCCUCCUGAGGUCACCUACCAGGACACACCGCUCAGCCGCUACCUGCUCAAAUCCUGCCCGAUGCUGACCAAAGAAUACAUUCCUCCGUUGCUGUGGGGGAAGAGCGGCCACAUCCAGACAGUCCUGUAUGGCAAGAUGGGACGUGUCAACACUCCAACACCCUGCGGGGUCCGCAAGUUCCUCCCUAUGCCAGAUGGAGCCACAGCGACCUUUGACCUCUUUGAACCACUUGGAGACCACAGCACAGGAGAUGAUAUUACCAUGGUAAUCUGCCCUGGGAUCGGUAACCAUAGCGAGAAGAACUACAUUCGGACCUUUGUGGAUUACUCCCAGCGGCAGGGUUACCGCUGUGCCGUCCUCAACCACCUGGGAGCCCUGCCCAACAUGGAGCUCACCUCGCCGCGCAUGUUCACCUACGGUUGUACCUGGGAGUUUGCGGCCAUGGUGGGCUACAUCAAACGGGCCUUCCCCCAGACGCUGCUGGUGGUUGUGGGCUUCAGUCUUGGGGGAAACAUCGUCUGUAAGUUCCUGGGUGAGAACCGAUCAAACCAAGACCGAGUGCUGUGCUGUGUCAGCGUCUGUCAGGGGUACAGCGCCCUCAGGGCUCAGGAAACAUUCCUUCAGUGGGACCAGUGCCGGAGGCUCUACAACUUUGUGUUAGCAGACAACAUGAAGAAGCUCAUCCUGUCGCACAGGAACAGUUUGCUGGACAUGAGCCCCAGCAACAUUGGCGAUGCAGACCUGAGCAGACUGUGUGCCGCCACAUCUCUGAUGCAGAUUGAUGACAGUAUUAUGAGAAAAUUCCACGGAUACAGCUCCUUGAAGGAGUACUACGAGAAGGAGAGCUGUGUGCACUACAUCCACAAAGUCACUGUGCCUCUCUUCCUGGUAAACUCCUCAGACGACCCGCUAGUUCAUCAGUCACUACUGGCUAUUCCACGCACACUCACAGAGAAGAUGCCCAAUGUGAUAUUUGCUCUGACCCAACAUGGAGGCCACAUGGGCUUCUUCGAGGGAGCCGUGCUGUUCCCUCAACCCCUCACCUGGAUGGACAAGGUCAUAGUCGAGUACACCGACGCCAUCUGCCACUGGGUGAAGAACAGGCCAGCCUGUCGGAGGAGCAAAAACCAGGACAUAAACUCCUGCCUGCAGAGCACAAGGGUAACACUCAGUGGGUAACGUAUUUUACAUACAUCACGUGCUUGGAGACAAAACAACAGACGCACAGGUACACAUCAGCCCUUUAUGUUUGCUCUACUUUGCUACUAAUGCCUUCACAGUUAAUUAAGUACUUCUGGGAAAUGUAGGAAAUCACCAGAUGGAUUAGACAAAGCAGGCUGAGUGAAAGUGGCUAAAAAAAAAAAAAAAGAGAUUAAAACUUACUGUAACAAUCAAACCUGUGAGUGCAAUCUGACCCCACACUGAAUUGUUCCUUCCUCCGAUGCAACAAUAGUUUGCCCUCUGCUGGUUUGUUGGCUGCUGUUGCUUCUUGAAUUGCUUGGAGGAGCCGCUGUUUUAGACAACCAGUCUUAAGCCUGAAAUCUUAACUGAUGCCCCACAUCAGACAUGUUUAUCUGCAUAUCAUGGUUAUCUAUUUAAAAAAAUCUUUCGGAAUUUAAGUUGCAAAGUUCACGACCAGACUUAAGUGCCUUUAUAUAAACGUGAAUCUGUAACAGAUUUGAGUUUUGGCUUCUCGUGAAUCAUUGACCUGCCUCUGAUGCAGUAUGACAUGAUUCAUUGUUUACAGUGGUGAUUUCCAGCUGCCGUUAAAGCUCAGAAUGACAUCUGUUGUGUUCAAACUGUGGUUUUAAUUUCCUUGAACUGUAUUAUAAAAGAUCUUUGGUACAAUCUUGCUUGUUUCCACUGAGAGAAUUCUGCUGGUGUACUGCAAGAGCUUCCUGUUAAAUAACAGCCGCUUUGGUUUAUUUAUAUAUUUUGAGGCAUGAUUUUGCUCAUUUUGACACAUCAGUCUCGUUUUUUAAAGAGGUGUAGGAGUUUUAAAAACAAAAACUCAGACAGAAACGGUCGUUAUUUUUAUUGAAUAAAGCUUUUCUAACAGUCAGUUCUUUGUUGUUGAUUAGAAACAUGGGGUUUUUAUACAAACUACCUUUAACAAUGUGCUCCGAACACUGUAUCUCUCAAGGUCAGUUUGACCCAUUCCAUGAAUUUCCCGACAGAAUCCAAAAACAAGUAGAAAACAGCAGCUGUUACAGCGAUGUCUCCUGCCAUAGAAUAAAUGCUGCUGUUUACAUGGAUUAGUAAAUGUCCUUUGAUACGUGUACAAACCAGUGCAGAAGAUUCUUGGAUAUUUUCAGGACAGAACUGCAUCAAACUGUGUUUACAAAUAUGACAGCAGAAAAGAGAGUGCAACUGGGACAUAAACAGUAAGUGCAUAAAAUGAGAAAUCCAGUGUUUAUGCACUUACCAAACAAAUGGACCAAAGCACUUCUCACUUUUCAGUAAAAAGAAGGUUAAUUUUGUAAUUUUGCAACUUAACUUUGUCAUUUUUAAUGAUUCUGCUGCAUUUGGCCUCACGCCUAUUAAAGUCACAUGGCUCAAAUACAGUGGAGAUCUUAUGUUAGACAACACUUUAAACAAAGGCUAAUUGCUAAGUUCAUAAGCUGCUUAUUGCUACAUACCAGAUGGGUGGAGUUUGCCAUGUAAAACAAUUAAAUAAUAAAUAAAGUACAUAACAAAUAUAGUGAAUGGAGCAGAAAAGAUCAUGAAAAUUUUCCUUUCGUGAAAACAGAAAACUACCACACCAAACUUACGUCUGUGUCUCAUGAUAUUUCUAUGAGCAAUGUACUGACAAAGAUUUCAGGCAAAUAUUUUUUAUAUGCAAUUCUUUUUGUUUUCUGGCCUUUUUUCAUUAGCAUUUUGAAGAAGGGCCUAUGACGUGUCUGUUUUGAUAAUAAUCAGUGAGUAACAUCCUGUCAGACAUUGUUUAAAAGUGUAAACGUGGUCGACUCCACCCAAAUGAAUGCGUGACUUAUUAAUCAACAUUUCAGCCAUCUGAUUUAAUACAGCAAUUCUCUAGCUGCCCUUUGGAGCAGAAUCCAGACUUCAACAGCACCAGUACUCCGUCUGUAUGUGCAAUAUGUCCUGACCAGCAUGUGGACUUGCCUGCACUUUACUGUCAUUACAGUUCCUAUUGUACUGUAUGACAAUAUUGUAUGUAUGAGCAUAUGGGUGUAACAUGUACAGUCUGAUCAUAAUGUGUUUUGUUCUGAUGUGGCAUGCAGCCUUGAGUCAUAUUUGAACUCAUCCAUUAAAAAUUAUUUUUCACAAACA